GUCUUACCUUUGCCUAGUCUCAAGUCUCAACUUCCCCUUUUAAUUAGCCGAGUCCAUUGCUUCUUUUCUUCUCACUUCCCAUUUCUCUCUCCAUUUCUGUUUUUUCCCUUUCUUCUCAUUUCUCUUCAUAUAUGGCCAAUGGUAGUGGACUCUCUUUUGAUCCAGAUCCCAUCAAACACUUCCUUCCUUUUCUUCAACCUACAAAAUUAUUCAACUUUCAACCUUUGUUAACAUCAAUGGAGUCUUCACCUUAUAAAAACAGGUCUCCACCUUCUACUAUUCAAUUCCCAGUUAACCUUAACUGCUCAAAUACUGAUCAUAAUCAAGAAGAAGAAGAAGAGCAGAAAAUUAGACCAGUUAUUGAUGAAAUGGACUUUUUUGCUGAUCAUAAAAAAGGUGGUAGUAAUUCUGAGGAAGCUGCAACAACAGCUAAUAAUACUGCUGUGGACACUGAAAGAAAAGAAUCCAACACCCUUCCUCCUGAAUUGGAUUUUAACAUUAAUACUGGUUUGCAUCUUCUCACAGCAAAUACUUAUAGUGAUCAGUCCAUAGUGGAAGAUGGCUUAUCUCCUAAUUCUGAAGAUAAAAGAACCAAGAAUGAGUUAGCAGUUCUUCAAGCUGAACUGGAAAGAAUGAAUGGCGAAAAUAGACGUUUGAAGGACAUGUUAAAUCAGGCGACGAACAAUUAUAGUAACCUCCACAUGCAAAUGAUGACAAUGAUACAGCAACAACAACAUCAAGAAAAUGAUCAACACGAGGGGAAAAGUGAAGAAGUGAGACAACAAAUUCACAGCAAAAAUGGGCAUGGAGUAGGAGGACAAAUAGUGCCAAGGCAAUUUAUGGAUCUUGGCCUAGCUGCUGCCACUGGUUCUGAAGCAGAAGAGACUUCGCUGUCUUCGUCAGAGGGGCGAAGUGGAAGGGAUAAAUCACGAUCACCAACGAAUAACAUGGAAUCAGGUUCCACUUGUGGAAUUGGAAGAGAAGAUAGUCCUGAAAAAGGUUCACCUGGUUGGGGUCCUAAUAAAAUUCCAAGACUUGGUAAUGGCUCUAAAAGUACUGAUCAAGCUACUGAGGCUACUAUGAGAAAGGCUCGUGUCUCGGUCAGGGCUCGAUCAGAGGCUCCCAUGAUCACAGAUGGUUGCCAAUGGCGAAAGUAUGGACAGAAAAUGGCGAAAGGAAACCCGUGUCCUCGGGCUUAUUACCGAUGCACCAUGGCAGCUGGUUGCCCAGUUCGGAAGCAAGUUCAAAGAUGUGCAGAGGACAGAACAAUAUUGAUCACAACUUAUGAAGGAACUCACAACCAUCCAUUACCUCCAGCAGCAAUGGCAAUGGCGUCGACAACGUCCUCAGCAGCAAGAAUGUUGCUUUCAGGUUCCAUGCCAAGUGCAGAUGGACUAAUGAAUUCCAAUUUCUUUGCCAGAACUUUACUCCCUUGUUCUUCUAGCAUGGCAACAAUUUCAGCCUCCGCGCCUUUUCCUACUGUCACAUUGGACCUAACUCAAUCCCCGAACCCUUUGCAAUUUCCAAGACCUCCUAACCAAUUCCAAGUCCCAUUCUCAAAUCAACCCCACAAUAUGUUAUCAAAUCCAGCUGCACUUUUACCUCAGAUUUUUAACCAGGCUUUGUAUAACCAAUCCAAAUUUUCUGGCCUACAAUUGUCCCAAGAUUCGGAAGGACAGAACGCCUCAACAUUGCCAUCGUCGAUUCAUCAAUCCAACCACAAUCCUUUGGCCGACACAGUGAACGCCCUCACUGCUGAUCCUAACUUCACAGCAGCAUUAGCAGCAGCUAUCACGUCCCUUAUUGGAAAUCCUCAGCAACCAAACAAUGGUAGUACUAACAAUACUACUGCUAUCACAACGACCGCCAACAACCAAAACAGCAGUGUCACAACCAAUGGCAAUAACACCAGCAAUGGCAACCAAUAAAGUCGCUAAUUAAAGUUUUCCAGCAAAUUGAUAGCUAGCCAAUUGCUGCUCAUUUCCUUUCAAAUUUUUUCUUUUUCUUAAAUUUGUUUUUUGCUUAGUUAGUAAUCAGGAAAUUGAGAUUACUAUACUAGAUUUUUUUGUUUUAUAGGUGGAUUAAACAUAUAUCUUCAAUUCUUUUCGGGUUCUGAAUAAUGUAAUUCGAGAUUUCUUAUCAAUACAAGGAAAAUGUUGGCAAGAAAAAGAACAGAAAUGAUUGAAAUUCAUUUCUUUGUCUUUCUUCUA